AAAGAAAACCCGCGGUGUGAGGGGCGCGUCGUCUCUGGGAGCGCCGUUAUUUUUUUCUUUGUAUCCUACUGCUGCUUCCUGCGGAGCGCUAGGACGCAGCCGGACGUAUCGUCACCUAAUGUGCCUAGCACCAUGCGAAACGGCCAGCGCAGCCGCAGCGUAAAAGACGCAUCGAUCUAGUUUGUUUCCCCUCUGACAAGGCAGCAAGCAUCCCAGAGGCGACGUUAUGGCGAAGGUCCAAGAGAAAGGCGCGGUACUUGAGCUUAUGGGCUGCGAGGAAGUCACUGCGAGCACUCCGAGGAAUAUAAUAAAAAACGUAGUUACCAUGAGCUUCAGUUUCCUGUUGCUCUUCACCGCCUUCCAGUCGGUGUCCAACUUGCAGAGCAGCAUAAACUCGGUACAGGGACUGGGCACUUUCACGAUGGCGACCAUCUACGUCGCGCUGGUGCUUUCGUGCAUGUUCGUGCCCCCGCUCAUGAUCCGAAAGCUCAACCUUAAGUGCACGCUGGUCGUAUCUAUGGCUAUGUACGUGUUCUACUUCAUCGCCAACUUCUACCCGACCUGGGCAACCUUGUUGCCGGCCUCGAUCGUGAUGGGUCUGGGCGGCGCACCGCUAUGGACUGCCAAAUGCGCGUACCUGACCACCGUGGCCAACGAUUACGCGGCCCAGACUCGCCAAAAGCCGGUCGACGUUGUGACCCGCUUCUUCGGGCUCUUCUUCAUGAUCUUUCAAACGGCUCAGAUAUGGGGGAACCUCAUCUCAUAUUACGUGCUCAAACCGGCCAGCAGGCCGGUUAACGCCAGCGCAAAUAUCGACAGCUGCGGGAUUCGUUUUGUGACCGCCGAGGAUGACGCGGACAAUGAGAACCUGCAACCACCGGACAGCGCCAAAAUUUACACGCUCAUGGGCAUCUACACGGCAUGCUCGUUGCUCGCUGUGCUUAGCAUGUUUGUUCUGCUGGACCCGUUGACACCACCGUCAAGGCUUGCGUCUAAGAAGCCGGCCGCGCUACUCGUGGAGACACUGAGGCAUCUGCGCAAGCCGUACCAAUGGGCCAUUCUGCCACUCACUGUCUACAGUGGCGUCCAGCAGGCGUUUCUCAUCGCUGACUUCACUCAGGCUUACGUGAGCUGCGCUCUUGGAAUUCACUACGUUGGUUUCAUCAUGAUCACUUUCGGGUUGGCAGACGCUGUCUUUUCGAUGGCGUUUGGCACCAUCAUAAACUUCGUGGGAAGAAUUCCGAUAUUUCUUUUUGGUGCUGCUGUUAACGGCGCAAUAAUAGCUGUUCUCUGCAUGUGGCGACCAACGCCGGACCAGUUCUACGUUUUCUUCCUCAUUUCCGGCUGCUGGGGUCUAGGUGAUGCUGUGUGGCAAACGCAAGUGAAUGCCUUCUAUGCCAUUGUGUUUCCGGAUGACGAGGAAGCUGCCUUCGCCAAUUACCGUCUGUGGGAGUCAAUGGGAUUCAUCAUUGGUUUCGCCAUACAGAAGCUGCUUCCAAUUCAACACAAGGUGGCCGUCCUCGCCAUAUUUUUAGUCAGCGGCAUGUUGGGAUACCUGGCCAUCGAGACGCACCUCGCAGUCAAGAAGCGAAAAGUUGUGGUUGUGACAAGGCCUGGCUGAUGGCCGUUGGGCGGGGUGAUGGGUCCCACGCGUAACUUCGAUUUUAGCCUGUAAAAAGUAAAAAUGAUGUCAAAAGAGAUGCCUUCUGUUUGCAGACGACUCUAGACUAAAGCAAGCAUGCAAUGCGAUUUAAAACUUCAAGACUGUUACUAUACUUACAGCCGCAGGGUUGAAUGCGACAGAGCCUCGGCGUGUUUUCGAGUGAGCUGGUCUAUCCCGCACGCCGUCUCCUUUGCCAGUAUGAUUCAUUUGAGGGCAGUAAAAGCGCCAUAAGCGUCCGGUGUGGACUCAGGCGCUACAUCUAUCCGAGGUGCCUGCAAGCAAUCGAUAAUCCAGGCUACCAGUUGAGCACCACUCUACGAGAAAUUACAAGGUCCAGUUUCAAUUCUGGGUGCACGGUACUCAGGCUACAUAACUUGCUGUACACUCUGCGGCUUGGUACGUGUCUCAGCAUGACAAAAUAUUUUCGUUCAAUGCGAUAUUGUUUUUUUUAUAAUUGAGAAAGUUUAAAAAUGAAUCCUUUGUGCGAUUUUUUAGAUUCUGAAUAGUUAAUUAUGUGAGGAGCUACGAGUAAAACCAAUGUACGUUUCCUUCCCAUAAAGCAAGAGGGUUCUUUCCAAACUGCGCCACAAAUUGUGCAAGGUCAUUUGGUGUGAUGAACAUAAAAAGACUUCACUCC